GGUGUUGUAAUAUCAUAAUAAUAUUAUCAAAAUAUAUCAAAACCAAAACACACACCACCACCAUGGCCACAUAUUCAAAGCAGCUAUAGCUUCACGGACCAUUUUAAGAGCGAGAAGACGACACCCACGAGACUAACAAGGAGAGAAACAAUUUAAUGUGCAGCCAAAAAAAAAAAAAAAUAACGAGAGCUUAUUCUGUUGCAUCGAUAUAAAGGGAGGGAAGAUAGCUCGCAUGAGAAAGAAGGAGAAGCCCAGCUCUCUCUCUCUCUGUUUUCUCCUCCUCCUCCCAAUUAAUACCCACAUUUUAUUCCUCUGUUCUUAAUAAAUUCCUCACCCUGUCUUCCGCCGCUUUUCACACACAGGCAGGGGAAGAUGGGAAGGCCGAGUUUGAGAAGCUUCACGUCCAUGGUGUGCAUUGCUUUCCUGGUCUGGUCAUCGUCGAGCUUCGAGAGCUGCAUUGCGAGGAGCGGGAGGCGGCAUUGGAGGAGGCACGACGGCGACAAUGGGCUUUCAGCUUCUCUGUCAAAGAAGAAACCCAAAAGCCAUGGAAGCAGCAGUCACCACCAUCACAAUGGUGGGUCGUCAAAGAAAGCUCCUCCUCCUCCUUCCACACCAGCUAAAGCGCCAAAUUCACCUGCUCCGUCGUCGAAACCGCCGAAACAUGUUCCGGUAGCAUCGCCGGCGCCGCCUCCUCCUCCUCCCACUGCUGCAACUCCGGCGCCGCAGAAAGACUCGCUCACGUUCAAUGUGCGUGAUUUCGGCGCCACGGGGGAUGGAAAGUGCGACGACACUAAGGUAAUUGGACGACUCAAUUUGUUACACCAUGUCUGUUCACUCAAUUUGUCUGAAAUGAAGUUCCACCAUGUUUGUUAGUCAGUUAAUUAGUUAACUCCAGAGUCAUGGUCCAAAACAGAAACAGAGUCGGGGCAGAGAAAUGAUUCCCUUUUCCUCCAUUUGUUACGAAAUACGAAUGUUUGUUGCUUUUGCUAAUGAUUACAGAGGCAACCACCAACCAAUUUAGACUCGUGAGCCAGAUUGGGCCAUUUAGAGAAGAAAAAGCAGCCAUUAAAAUGGAACCCAACACAUAAAAAUGAAUUAGCCAUCUGCAGAGCUAAAGGAAGGCGACAAAUGAAAGUGACAGGACAGAUGGUGACAAAAGUAGUUAAUCAGUAGCUUACAAAACAAUAAAUCAUUUCUCGUUAUGCCGGCCGGUUUAUACAGUUGGAUUAUUAUAUUUGAUGAGAUUGUGGUUGUUGAUGGGAUUUAUGUUAUGUUAUGUGGGUAUGAGCAGGCGUUUCAGGCAGCAUGGGCAGCUGCCUGUAAAGUGGAGAGAUCAGUGAUGCUUGUUCCUGAGAAAUAUCAGUUCCUCGUUGGACCCAUUUCUUUCUCUGGUCCAUACUGUCAGAAAGGCAUCACCUUUCAGGUGGAUGGUACAAUUGUGGCACCCAUGAACUCCAACGCCUGGGGCAAAGGCCUGCUGCAGUGGCUGGAAUUCUCCAAGCUUGUGGAGAUCACAAUUCAAGGGAAAGGCACCAUUGAUGGGAGUGGUUCAGUUUGGUGGCAAGACAACCCGUAUAAAAAACUGCAGGCGGUGAGGUUCUAUGGAAGCCUGAAUGCAACCGUGACAGGUAUCACGAUUCAGAACAGUCCUCAGUGCCACCUCAAGUUCGACAACUGCAUUGGCGUGAUGGUGCAUCACAUUCGAGUCUCGUCCCCAGGAGAUAGUCCCAACACCGAUGGAGUCCACUUGCAGAACUCCAGAGAUGUGCUCAUCCACAGCAGCACCCUUGGUUGCGGAGAUGACUGCAUUUCCAUACAAACAGGGUGCACAAACGUAUACAUACACGAUGUGAACUGCGGUCCAGGCCAUGGCAUCAGCAUCGGCAGCUUGGGAAGGUAUAACACACGAGCCUGUGUCUCCAACAUCACCGUGAAAAAUGUCAACAUGCACAACACCAUGACCGGCGUCAGGAUCAAGACUUGGCAGGGUGGAUCAGGCUCGGUGUCCGGGAUCAUGUUCUCGGACAUCCAGCUCACCGAGGUCCAGUUCCCGAUCGUGAUCGACCAGUUCUACUGCGACAAGUCCACCUGCAAGAACCAAUCCUCGGCGGUGUCGGUGUCCGGGAUCAACUACCAACGAAUCAAAGGCACAUACACGGUGAAACCUGUGCAUUUCGCCUGCAGCGACAACCUGCCGUGUAUAGACAUCAGCUUGACGAGCAUCGAGCUGAAACCGCUGCAGGAGAAGUACCAUUUGUACGAUCCCUUCUGCUGGGCGACGUAUGGAGAGCUGAACACUCCCACCACCCCUCCGAUCGAAUGUCUGCAAAUCGGCAAGCCGACGAGCAACCGCCCACAAACCGAUCGCGACACGUGUUGAAUCGCCGCGCGGAUCGAACGGAUUUGUGUGGUUGGGCAAUCAUUUUCCUGACCCCAUAUCCGCACACCUUAAGCAAAAAAAAAAAAAAAAAAAAAGCUUUUAUCAGGUUCAUAUAUAGUUUACCGUAGCAGUCCUGCUUGAAGAAUUAGUUCAUGUAAAAUAUCCGCGAGAGUUAUAUAGAAGAGUGUGUUUUUUUUUUUUUUUAUCAUAUGGAAUAUGAUUUGUACUAUACAACCAAGCAAUUUAUUUGCAUAUGUAUUGGGUUGGUAGAUGAAGAUAAUAUAUAUGUUCUAUGAGUGGUUGUGCAACA